AUGUCUUCAGUAACAUCGGCUGCGUUUCAGUCGCGGGAGGAAGCGCGCCGCGCACGCGAGCUGGAAGAAGCCCGCAAAGCAGGCACUGCCCCUGCAGAGAAGGAUGAGAAGGCGAAGUACACGCACAAAGAUUUGGCACCUGAUGAGAUUAUUGCAGAGACGCCCAAGCUGACGUAUGACGCCAAGAGAGAUCGGUAUGGCGGCUAUACGGGAGACGAUUUUAAGUGGCUUGUGCGCGAACAUGAGUUGGCGCAACUCGAGCGAAAGCGGCAGAAAGCACUCGAGCAGCAGCAGCUGCUGCAGCAGCAGGGGCCCGCCGCAGCAGCUGCUGCCGAGAAGAAGAAGAGGCAGCAGCAGAGACGCCUGAGGAAGCAGCAGAAGCUCGAAGCGCGACUCAAGAAGCAGCAGCAGCGGGAGGCAGCCAAGGCUGCCAAGAAAGCGGCUGCGGCUGCUGCUUCUGCCGUCUCCGCCUUUGCGGGAGGAGACACCCCCCACGAGGAUGGGGAAAAAGGGGCUAAUGCGAUUACCAAAGCCAAAACUGCGGACGGCGAGAAAGAAGGCGCUACUUCUGACACGAACACUGACACAGACGACGCCAACACAGACACCGAUACAGACACAGAUACAGACACCGAUACAGACACAGACGGAUCCGAUGAUGAAGACGUCAAGCUACACGACUUCGACAAGACUUCUGCGCCCGUGGCGUGCAAAGACGAACGGAGUCGGAUCAACACGCGAGAUCUCCGCAUCCGCGAGGAUACUGCCAAAUAUCUCCUCAACUUGGAUAUCGGCUCCGCCUUCUACGAUCCCAAGAGCAGAAGCAUGAGAGACGAUCCCUUCAAACACCUCUCCGAAGCGCAGAGGGGGCCCUUCCGCGGAGACAACGCGCUCCUCCAAGCUGGAGAAGUUAAAGCAACACAACAGCUUCAGCUCUUUGCAUGGGAAGCUUACAAACAUGGGCAGAAUGUUCAUUUCAACGCGCAGCCGACGCAGUUGGAGUUUCUGUUUCAAGAGCAUCAGAAGAAGAAGACUGAAUUGGAGGCGAAGAAGCAGAGCAGUGUAAUCGUCAAAUAUGGAGGUGUAGAGCAUCUGCAAACGGAUCCCCGCAUUCUUUAUGCCCAGACGGAGGCAUACGCCGAAUAUUCUCGAGAUGGACGGGUGUUGCGUGGCCGCGAAAGGACUCUCACAAAGUCCAAAUAUGAAGAGGACGUCCACCCCGGCAAUCAUACUUCAGUAUGGGGUUCUUACUACAGCUCUGCACUUCAAAAGUGGGGAUUUGCGUGUUGCAGACAAACCAGCUUUCGGGCAGAUUGCACGGGAAGGCCGGAAGACAGCAUCACGCUCGAAUCUUUGGAGCUUGCACCGCCAGCGGCAGAAGCAGCUGCUGCUGCUGCUGCUGGUGCACGUGCUGCUGCUGCUGCUGGUGCACGUGCUGCUGCUGCUGCUGGUGCACGUGCUGCUGCUGCUGCUGGUGCACGUGCUGUUGGUAGCUUGAAGCCCCUGCCGCAUCGGUCUAGCAUCCCAAAGGUCGCCUGUGCGCUAAAAACAAAAGGAGUUUGCCGCUUAGAGCUGUUUAAUCCGUUAAAAAAGCACUACUCCAAGCAACGAAAAGCGCAGAAGGGGCCCCCUAAACGCCUUCUGGAAGGCUCUCUACGGCUUGCGAGCGCUCUCCUCCCUCUUCUUUCACCUUGA